UCUUUCAAUCAGCCCCGUAUUCAAAGGAUGGCCAUUGUUGAUCAGGAAUUCUCAGUAUAUAACCUAAUGAUUUCAGCAUUUGAUUUGAAUCUGAAAGGGAAGAAGAAAAAAACAAAAGCACAAUGGCUGAAGCUGAAGCUGAUGAUCCUCAAGACGUUGCUGAUCGCGACAAAAUCUUCAAGCAUUUCGACACCAACGGCGACGGCAAGAUCUCGUCGACGGAGCUGGGGGACGCCUUGAGAACGCUGGGCUCCGUCACCACUGAGGAAGUGCAGCGGAUGAUGGACGAGCUCGACACCGACGGCGAUGGCUUCAUCUCCUUCGAUGAGUACCUGGCUUUUGCCCGAGCCAACCGGGGCUUGAUGAGAGAUGUCGCUAAGAUAAUCUAGUCUAGUCAUCAUUUUAAUAAAUGUUUUCAUACCUUAUUUUUAUUUUUAUUUUAUAGUUUUAACUGUAAACUUUCAUUUUUAAUUUCUAUCAUAUCAUGGUAGAAAUCGUAUCAGUAUGCCUCUUCAUUGUUUUUUGUUUUUAAUUUUCAUUUUUUUACCAACUUUCAAGAAUAUAAAUGGUUAAUGUUAUA